AUGACAGAUGGUACAACAUUGACGAUUGACGCAUGGCUAGGUACAGAAUGGAGAGAUCCACGAUUUCUAUGGGAUUCUUCUUUAUCAUAUAUUAGGUUACCAAUAUCACAGAUUUGGACACCAGAUAUCGUUCUUUACGACAAUCCAGACACAAGGACACGAUUUGAACCAAACGCAUUAAUUGACCAAUCAGGACAUGUUUACUACAGCCAGCCAAUACGUCUCAAGGUCGAUAACUGUCGACAGUACCAUGAUGAAUUUAGAUGUACCUUCAAGUUCGGCUCAUGGACAUUUGACGGAUUUAAAAUUGAUUUACAAAAUAGAAGCCAUGUCAUAGAAUUGUCAAACUUUCAACUACACACCAACUAUGAUAUAAUGGAUACAAGCGUGGUGCGGAAUGUGUUGUGGUAUGCGUGUUGUCCAGAACCGUUUCCUGAUAUUACAUACACAGUGAAUUUGAAAAAAAUAAAGAAUGGAUGGUUUGACAGACUUUAA